AUGGCCCUCAUUUAUUCUCUUUCUUUAGUAGUCGCUCACUGUCUUCUAAUUGUUCAAGCCCAAACCAUUUCCACGACCACCCCGGUUCCUCCCUUGCAGUGGAUCAACCUAUCUAAUGUAGUCCAGGGCACAAAUCGUCCUCCUCCUCUCAGAGAUGCAGCCAUCGGUUAUGAUGAAACGAGCCGUUCCCUCAUUAUUUUUGGCGGACUUUCGGAAAAUGGUCUAGCACAGUCGCAAACAUUUCUUCUUAAUCUGCAAACAUUGAGUUGGUCAACGCCGUCACCUCCCGGAACUCUGCAAGGUGCUCCUCCUUCGCGAAGUGCUGCUCUGUUUGGUGGGGACUUCGCUGCUAGCAAGCAAGUUUUUGUUUUUUUGGGUUCAGAUGGCAAAGCUCUUUCAGAUGUUUGGGAGUACGACUUUAUCAAUCAAUUCUGGUCUCAAGUGCAACUUUCUGUUGGUGGUCCUUCGCCUCGUUGGGGUGCAUCUGGUGGAAUAGAUAUACGGGCGAUCCCAAACCAAGAUUCCACCAUUCCAGGCCCCAACAACACCUUUUACCUAGCGGGUGGAUUUAACGGAAAUUCUAUCGACCCCCUUUCUGAUGUUUGGAGACUGAACAUUUCCGGGAUAUUAUCUUCCAAUCUCCCGAAUAGUGUACAAGGCAGCUGGGAGCGUAUAUCUGGCAUUAGCAACCUGCCGGGCAGGGUGAACCAAGCUGGUACAAUUGUAAUGAACCAAAUCGUUGCAUCAGGAGGUUGCAAUUCAAGUACAUCAUCUACUACCACGAAUACUGCAUGCGCUAAGCAGGAUUCCUUCGUCAUCAACACUCAAUCAUCCUCCGCAGUUUCCCCUGGACCAUGCCCAGCUCCUAGAAUUUCGCCAGUCUUGGUUCCAAAUUUAAAUGCGUUCGAUUCUUCAUUUGCAUCUCAGACGUUUAUGGUAUUGGGAGGGUUCAAUCUCUCGUUGUGGGAAGAUUCAAACGGUCACUCCCAGGGAGAAGUUGCCAUUUUAGAUAUCAAUACUGGCUCGUGGACGAGAGUAAUACCUUCUGGCGAUCCUGAUUCUUCAGGACAGGAGGCAUUUCCCUCCCCCAGGGAAGGUGCUGUUGCAUUCGCUUUUACUCAGGCAUUAGUUGGCAAUGCUCGGAACAUCGCGUCUGAUACCAUCAUUUUUGGCGGGCAAGAUGCAAAUGGGGUAUUUUUAUCCGAUAUCUGGCUGCUUCGUGCAUAUACUGGUGUUGUAACUCCGUCUAAUCCUAUCUGGGCAGGGUUCGGGGACGGAAAACUUCAAACUGGUGUCAAUGCUGAUGGUUCAGGUGUCAAAGUUCAAUACCUUUCUGAAUGUGCAUCUUUAAUUUCGACGGCGACGAACUCACACAGUCCGGUACCCACAAAGACUGGUUCUAAUCCUGGACAUGGUAGUUCCGGGCCUUCUGGACCUGCAGGAUCACAGACUGCGAUUACCCAUUUGUUCAACACAUCCUUUGCUCACAAAAUUUUGGCAACCUUAUCCCUGGUGGUGUUAUUACCGGAUAUUCUACUUUUCCGUUGGUUCCGAACCAAUCCUGGAUGGUCACAGACACCCAUCAAGGGCGUCGCCUUUAUCUCUGUGGGUGCCUUUGUUGGUUUGAUGGCGUAUGGUCUCGGUGUUGCUGGAUUCGUGCUAGCGUUCACGACAUUAACAUCUCAGUCGGGAUCUGCUCAUCGGCAACACCUCAAAACAAGUCACGGGAUAGUCGGGGUCAUCUUUUUUAUCGGUCUCUAUGUUCUUGUGCCCUUGUUGUUUAUAUGUAUAACCUGUUAUGACCAGCUCUAUGGCGGGGGUGGGGAAGCUCAGAGCCAGCGGAGCGGUAGCGGUCAUGUAGGCUCUAUCGACCUUGGUGAAAAGGUGGAGACAAGUCCGUUGCCCCUUCGGAGUGAAACCCCUCAAAGUUUGCGUCCUUUGCCUCCAAGGAGCGAUACGCCGCUUAGUUUACCAAAUGCAUCCCCGCCGUCGUCCCCCCGGCCAAGGACCUUGUCGUGGGAUGCAUCGAAUAUGUUGCGCCCGAGUAAUGAUGGGGGAUUGUCCGCGGAAUCCACCAUAUCAAAAGGAUUUGAAGUUGUCAAUCGGCCGAAUGGGCGGAAAAGCCUUCCAGGGCCUUCCCAUUCAACUGGUUUGCAUGGGAGCUCAUACCCAAUUCCGUCCACUCGCAGCCUUGGUGAAAUUGACUGGCUGCUACGAAGAAGGAGCCUCAACGUCGUGGGAGAAUUAGAUUAUGCCAUAACACAGGCUCAUAAUGCGCAGUAUGUUGCUAACAUCAGUGGCACAGGAACGUCGCCGACAUUCACUUCCCCAAUCAUCACAUCUCCUCCGCCCAGCCAUGCCAUACUACAUACCCUAACACAACUAUCUAUUGCAGGAUUGGCCGUCGUAUCUCUGGCUCAACUGUGGGCGAGGGCUCCUCGGUAUCUCUUUGCUAUCCUUUUCAUCAUUUUGGUCACAUAUUAUGCCGUUUUGAUUCUAUUGGCAUGUCAUCACCGGCCGACCUCCUCGUUAUUGACGAUGAUGAUAUGGCGACUCCGUGGAAAUUCCACACAGACAGACAAACAUCCAACUGAAUCAACACCACCUCAGGGACCAUAUACACAUCAUCGUCCCACAUACCGCGUCAUCACGCACCCCGACGAACUAUCGUAUUCCCAACAUGCUAGCCCGCUAAGUGCAGACACCGAUGACAAUGACGACAUGAUGGAUGAAGAUACCCGUCAGAGAGCCAUUGAAGAAGAAAUGGACAGGAGAGAGGUGUCUAUUGUUACAGUUCCCCGUCGUAAAUUGACCGUCGUAAACCCUUCAUGA